AUGAUGUAAUGGGUGAUUAUUUUCACUAGUAUUUUACCACCAACUGUACCUUUCAAAUCAUGGUCUUCCAUUUCUUUUUUUUGUGGUGUGGAUUGCUAUGAAUCAUCAUGUUUCAGUUGAGUUUUCUGGGUUUUUUUGUUAUUUUGCUGCACUCUUUAUCUUCGAUGAGAAAAUUUGCUGUUUAAGCCCAGUAACUGGGUGGUUAUGAUGGUUUUCUCAACCUGGGUUGCAGGAAAAUAGAUGAUCGAGCAUUUCUGUCUCCUGAGUUUCCUGGACAGUUUAAUUUGUAUUCACAAGCUGAAAAUACAUCAGAGGAUUUCAAGUGUAACAAAACGGUAUGGCAAUUAAGGAUUGGAUAAAUAAGCGGGGAUUCAGUGUUCGAGGGAGGUUUCAGAAGAUGAUGAAGUGCAUCUGGUCAGGACAGCAGAUAAGAGUUGAUGAUACUAUUGCUUCUUCUGAGUCCCUAGCGACUCGGGAUUAUUCAGUGAGUGGUUACUCGUCUAGACCUGGUGAGAUGGUGGAAACAAAGGUUGACAACAGCAAUAUUGAAGAAGCAGAGUCAUCUCUUCGGGAGAGUGGUUAUCUAAACUACGAGGAAGCAAGGGCAUUGUUAGGAAGGCUUGAGUAUCAAAAAGGAAAUGUAGAAGCGGCACUCCAUGUAUUUGAAGGAAUAGAUGUUGCUGCUGUGACUUCCAAGAUGAAAGUCUCCCUUGCCAGAAGAUGUGAACAAAAUCGGCGCCGCUCACAAAGUGAUGCUGCUCCAGCCAUGUCUAUGCAUGCUAUUAGCUUACUUCUUGAAGCUAUAUUUCUGAAGGCAAAAUCAUUGCAGCAUAUUGGAAGGUUUGGAGAAGCUGCUCAUUCAUGCAAAGUUAUUUUGGACACUGUUGAAUCUGCAUUGCCAGAGGGCCUUUCCGACAACUACUCUACAGAUUGUAAAUUACAGGAAAUUCUUAACAAAGCUGUUGAAUUGCUUCCGGAGCUGUGGAAACUUGCAGGGGAUCCCCAAGAAGCUAUCUUGUCAUACCGGCGGGCUCUCCUCUACUACUGGAAUCUUGAUAUGGGAACCAAAUCAAAACUAGAAAAGGAAUUUGCAUUGUUGCUUUUAUACAGUGGUGCCGAUGCAAGCCCUCCAAACCUCCGUUCGCAGAUGGAAGGUUCCUUUGUGCCAAGAAACAACAUAGAAGAGGCUAUUCUUUUAUUACUACUUCUGCUGAGAAAAUUUGUUCUCAAAAGGAUUGGAUGGGAUCCAUCAAUCUUGGAUCAUCUUGCUUUUGCUUUAUCUGUUUCAGGGGAACUAAGAGCCAUAGCUCAUCAGGUUGAAGAGUUGCAUCCAGAGAUCAUGCAAAGAAAAGAAAGAUAUUCUACUUUGGCUCUCUGCUACUAUGGGGAGGGUGAAGACAUAGUUGCAUUGAAUCUUUUGCGGAAUCUUUUGAAUAGCAGAGACAAUCCAGACUGCAUUCUGGAAUUGUUGCUAGCCUCGAAAAUUUGUGGGGAGAAUAUGAGUUGUAUUGAAGAAGGAACAAGUUGGGCUUGCAAAGCACUUUCUGGAUUGAAUGGGAGAUGUGGGCAGAUGAUGAGCAAAGCUAACUGCUUACUGGGAGUUUUAUUGUCAGCUCAGUCUAGGUUGGUUUCUUCUGAUUCUGAGAGGAUUUUGAAGCAGUCUGAAACAAUUGAGGUGCUGGAAACUGCAGAAAAGAUGAUGACAGAAAGGGAUCCCUACAUUGUAUUCCAUCUUUGUCUAGAAAAUGCUGAGCAGAGGAAGUUGGAUGUUGCACUUUAUUAUGCAAAGCAGCUGUUGAAACUUGAAGCAGGGUCUAGUGUUAAAGGAUAUGUCCUUUUGGCUCGGAUAUUGUCUGCUCAAAAACGGUUCGUCGAUGCAGAGACAGUAAUUAACGCUGCACUUGACCAAAGUGGGAAGUGGGACCAAGGAGAACUGUUGAGAACCAAAGCUAAACUUCAGAUUGCACAGAACCAGUUAAAAAAUGCGGUUGAGACAUACACUCAUCUUCUUGCUGUUCUCCAAGUUCAGUAUAAAAGCUCAGGUGGUGGGAAGAAACUUCUAAAGACCAAGGGAAACUGGGAUAGAAGCUUGGAAAUGGAAACAUGGCAUGAUCUAGCUAACGUGUACACCAGCUUGUCACAAUGGAGGGAUGCUGAGGUCUGUCUGUCAAAAUCUAAAGCUAUCAGUCCUUUUUCCGCUUCUAGAUGGUACUCUACAGGUCUACUUAAUGAAGCUAAGGGGUUCCACCAAGAAGCUCUGAGAUCAUACAGGAAGGCAUUAGAUGUUGAACCCACACAUGUUCCAAGCUUAAUAUCUACUGCCUGCAUCCUCAGACAGCUUGGUGGCCAAUCAAUGCCCAUAGUUAGAAGCUUUCUGACCGAUGCACUUCGACUUGACAGAACAAACCCUGCUGCCUGGUACAAUCUGGGGUUGCUCUACAAGGCUGAUGCUAGUGCAUCAGCCCUAGAGGCUGCUGAAUGCUUUGAGGCUGCUGCUCUUCUUGAAGAAUCUGCUCCAAUUGAACCCUUUAGAUAAGCAGCUUUACGGUCAUAUUUUUUUUCACUGUUAGCCAUGUCUGAAUUGUUGUAUGUAAAUUAGAUAUUGGACAUGUGAUUUUGUACAUCUUAGGUUAUUUAGCAUAGAUUUGGAAAAAGUUAAAAAAAUGAAAGGAAAAUGGCAUAUUUUUGUGAUUUAA